CCUCCCGGCAGUAACAUUCGAACUAUUAAUUCAACAUUCGCUUUAACAUAUUCCAAUAUCGCUCUGUCUCUUCGGGAAGCCUCAAGUGCUCAAGAGCCCAUCCAUUGACCAAUCGAGUUCAAUUCGUAAUUAAAAGGAAAUUUUCAAUUGAAUUUCCCCAAAAAUUGUCCAAAAUAGUUCUCCUAUCCAAGUUCGCGCGAAACCGGCUUUUCAAAAUUACGCGAUUUCAACAUAUCGAUUGUUGUACAAUAUUUUACAAUUAUCUACGAAUGUCAUACCUCGAGCUUUUGCCUCAAAAAUAUAAAGAAGGAAAUAACCCGAAAUGAUUAUGAAAACUUCACCAAGAGUCAAUUUGAUGUGCAUCGUCGCUUUCACUGUACUCUUUCUAACAACGUCAGAAAGUUUUAAUCAUAUUGGUACCUGCUUAAGAAAUUGUGCGCAAUGCACCAAAAUGCUUGGCCCGUAUUUUGAGGGAGCAUUGUGCGCUGACACUUGCGUCAAAUUAAAAGGAAAAAUCAUACCAGACUGUGAAGAUGCCAACUCCAUCGAACCAUUUAUUACCAGACCGGACGACGAUUAAAUCAUCUACACAACAUUGAAAAAUCGUCCAGAAAAAUGAUAACAAUGCUUACUUUUGGAAAGUUAUCAAAUGAAUUUGAAAGGAUGUUGAUUUUGAAGUUAGAAUGUGACUUUCCAGAAAUGAAAUAUUAUCAACAAUUUUUCUUACCAGAACUUGGAAAAUAACAUGAGAGAUCACGUCCCAUUGUUACAUUUUUGUACUUUCCUAUAUUUAUGCUUUGCUUCUAGUCAAAAAAUCAACGAAAAAUUAAGUGUAAGAAGGCAUCCUCUCAUUAAAAUGUGUGCUCUAGGAAAGGAAAUUAGAAAACGAUUUGUCAAUAUCGAUCAAUGAUGGAUAUAGAAAUAGAAAAAUUAUUUAAAUAUUUAUUACCCAAUCGAUACAAGUUUUUACAUCUAAAAUCAUUCAUUAGCUAUUUUUAAAUUGUCAUACCGUGUCAAUAAAUAUGAACCAACUGAAAUAAUUUUAGAAAAGAACUGAAUUGUACAAACACAUAAAUGUUUAAAUUUAUUUCAUUACCCUAAAUAACGCUACUGUAUAAUUUUUUUAUUAUAAAUAGACGAAACUUAUAAUAACCGAUAAAAAAAAGGUACGCCGAAGUACUUGAAUGACUUGAACUGGAAUAAAUGCAAA